AUGGUGCUGGUGGUGGUGCUCCCGGACCCACCGGGCGCUGCUGCUGAGGUAGGUCCCACACAUGCCGCAGCACCAGACGCGGUGGGUAGGCAGCUGGGGGAUGGGUUCGCUGCCCGCGGGCAGCGGUGGGAAGUCGGUGUGGUCCUGCCAGGGCCGCACGCCCUGGGGGAGGGCGAGGAGCUGCAGGCAACGGUCCCGGGCCGCCCGCAGCCAGUGGGUUUCCUGGAGAUGUCGCUGCGCCAGGCAGCCUGGGACCACCACCGCGCACGCCCGGCAGAUGAUGGCGUUGUGAUCGCGGAGGUAGUCAUACAGCAUGGUGGUGGUGGUGGUUCAGGGUCGUUGAACAGCACGACGGAAAGCGUGGGAAGUGGUGGAAAGGAAGGAUGGGUGUGCAUCAAGGGCCAGCAUGCCUGGGCGGGCGAUUCUACAACCUUUAUGGUUUUAGGUGCGGCUACCCAGGCAGCCAGGCAGAGGACACAUUAG